AGCAGCUCGGCGGGACUCGGGCGAAUCAGUGUGCGAGUCUCUCUGCCAUUUGCGCGUCGGUACCCGCUUACGCGACACACAGAGAGUGGUGUUACCGGAAUUCUACGUGUGUUCGCCGGUGCGUAAAGAGGACGCGGCUCUCUCAUUUGGUGCGUUCGUUAUAACGCGUUUUGGUUCUCAAACCUUUUCAACGAUAAUCUUAACGGAUCUCAAGGAUGGCGGAUACGGAAGUAAAGGAUACAAAGGUUGCUACCACCAGCCCGGAGAAAAAAGUAGUAGAAGAAGAAAAGAAAGUAGUUCAGGAGGUUGACGAGGAUUCUAAAACCUCGGAAAAUGGCCAAGCGACAGAGACCACAGAAAAUGGUUCCAGCGAGGAAAAAGAAACCGAGGAGAAGGAAGAAGAAUCCACCGAAAAUGGUGAUUCCACAGAUGCACCAGCCGCCGAUAGCUGUUGCAUAAAGAGGAAAUCAACGGCUUUAAAUGAUGCCGCAGAGGACAAUGCUUUGGAUGGUGCAAGCCCAGAAAAAAAAUCUAGACUCGAAGAGAAAUGUGCUGAAGCGGAGAGCAAUGGAGAUGCAGAAGCCACAGCUUAAUAUCUUCUUGUCAUUACUAUUCUCAGUCCUUAUCUUAUAGAAUCAAUUUUAAUGGCUAAGCGCGAAGUCAGAACAGAUUUAAUAAUGACUGUGCAUCGUCAGUAGGGGCGAGCAUUUUCUAUCAAAAGAUUGAUAUUAUGCUAAUGACAUUUGGCAUUUAGUACAUCUAUGUGUGUUUAUUGCAAUAACUUUUUAUUGAUAUCGGCAAUAACAAGUAUGUACAUUCAUACUAACACUCUCGAAAUUCAUGAACAUCGAUUCUGUCCCCCCGUACUCUCUGGCAUCCGCAUAUAUAUAUUCAUUUAGCAUUAGACUAGUAAAGUAAGAGACGCAUAUAAAUAAUUUUAGGAAUAAUAUAUUUCUAACUUCUUAAAAAUGGACAAACAGUGUGGUGCCUGAAAAAAAAAGAAAGAAAGAAAGAAAGAUACAUUUGUGCAAAAUAUUUCACUUACUAGUCCCCAUUGUUUCUGAUGCACAGAAGUAGGUAUAGGUGAAUAAACUAAUCUCAUAACCGGAGAUAAAAGAUACAUUAUUUUUCUGCAAAUCAAAAUACAUUCCUAAAGUAAAAUACUUGUAUCUUCAAGUAUUUAUUUACUCUAUGACAACAAGAACAAAAACAAAUAUAUUAUAUCAUUUAAAAGGAAAAUCUUUACUCGCGAUUUAUACAUAAUUGUGUAUAACGUUUUACUCUGUACUUUCAUUGGAUUUAUAACAAUAAUAAUGAACUCGUCAUGUUCUCGAUAAUAUAUCUGACGAACGCGCGCAGUAUUUGAAAUUUGAAAGAAAACCUAAUUAAAAAUAUUCGAGAAAUAAUUCUCUCUUUGCCUAAUGUAGUCUACAUGCCAGGAUUUGUAACGAAUCGCACUCCGUUGGAAAUUUUUGUAAAACUAAACAAUUUUUGUUUUUUUACUUUUUAUUUUCUUUUAAUUUUAAUGGUAAAUCUGUGCAAUUUACAAAGUUUAACUUUAAAAAAUUGUGUUCAAUAAUACAUAAUAACAUAUGUAUAUGUAUGUGUGUAUAGACAUAUACUGGUGAGUAACAUACUUGAUUGUGCUAACAGCAGUAAAAAUCACUGCAUUUAUUUUUAGUAGCAAUUCUAUGGCCGUGACACAUUUCGUGAAAAAAAAAAAAAAAAAGAAA